CCCUAAAACUUUCCGAAUCACUUUUUUUGAAAUUAAAUUCCAAGACCAGACGAAGCUUCUGAUUCUUUUCGUCUCUGAUUCGUCCUUCUCCGAAUCGCCGCCUUUGCUUUCUAUCCGGAUUAACAGUGUGGAGGCUUUGUUUUCCGAUUCCUGAAUAUCUUGCUUUGGAAAUUUCUCCCAAGCUUCUUUAUCUCAGUUGGGAGGCGAUGAUGGGGGAUAGAGACAAGUUGAAGGAGUUUUACAUUCCGAAUUACAUACUGGUGGGUGGCGCGAUGCCGAGGAUCAAAUUUGCGCCGUCGUGUCCGGUGAUAGUGUUUGUGAAUGCCAGAAGUGGUGGACAGCUUGGAGGUGAACUGCUUCUUACAUAUAGAGCACUUCUCAAUGAGAAUCAGGUGUUUGACUUGGGAGAGAAGGCACCUGACAAGGUGCUUCAUAAGCUCUAUGUUACUUUGGAGACACUCAAGUUUAAGGGGGAUGCUUUGGCUGCUGAUAUCGAGAAGAGGUUGAGAAUAAUUGUUGCAGGUGGAGAUGGUACAGCUGGCUGGCUCCUCAGUGUAGUGUCUGAUCUUAAACUACCUAACCCACCUCCAGUUGCCACGGUGCCGUUGGGAACUGGAAAUAAUCUCCAUUUCGCAUUUGGAUGGGGAAAAAAAAAUCCUGGGACAGACCGACAAUCUGUGCAGUAUUUCUUGAAUCAAGUGAAGACAGCAAAGGAAAUGCAAAUUGACAGCUGGCAUAUCAUUAUGAGAAUGAAGACUUCAAAGAAAGGUUCUUGUGACCCUCUGGAACUACCCCAUUCUUUGCAUGCAUUCCAUCAGGAGGGCUUCCAAACAUUUCGUGGGGGAUUUUGGAACUACUUUAGCAUGGGAAUGGAUGCUCAAAUAUCAUACGAUUUUCAUGCACAGAGGAAGUUGCACGCUGAAAAGUUUAAGAACCAGUUAAUUAAUCAAAGUACUUAUUUUAAGCUAGGAUGUACUCAAGGAUGGUUUUGUGCUCCUAUCAUGCAUCCUUCUUCAAGAAAUAUAGCACAUCUGACAAAGAUUAUGAUCAUGAAAAGACAAGGUCACUGGGAAGAGCUCCAGAUACCUCCCAGCAUUAGGUCUAUUGUUUGCCUGAAUUUACCCAGUUUCUCCGGUGGUCUGGAUCCAUGGGGGAAACCAAAUAGAAAGAAAGUGCAGUAUCGGGAUUUAACUCCACCAUAUGUGGAUGAUGGCCUCCUGGAGAUUGUUGGUUUUAGAGAUGCCUGGCAUGGGCUUGUGUUACUAGCUCCUAAUGGACAUGGGACUCGUCUUGCACAAGCACAUGGAAUACGUUUUGAGUUUUGCAAGGGUGCAGUCGACCAUACAUUCAUGAGAAUUGACGGGGAACCAUGGAAACAACCUCUUCCAAUUGACAAUGACUCGGUAGUUGUAGAAAUUUCUCACUUUGGCCAAGUAAGCAUGCUUGCUACACCAUUGAAACGAUCCAAAAGUGUAUAUGACCCUGAGUCACCAGUUAGUUCCCAUGACGAAGAUGAGGAUAGUAGUAAUGAGGAAUAUCCAGGAGACUCUGCCGAGAGGAAGAAGUUUGGUGCAUCUGACACAUUUAAAAUCCCAGAUGGCAUUCACAUUGCUCGUCGCAGUUAGCCUCUAACUAGCCGCAUGCUCUCUGUGAAUAGGUCUGGACAGUCUGUACAAAGUAGAUUUUCUUUCCAUUGAAUAGAGAGGUUUCUUAUUUUGUGAUCGUAGAUGCGCAAAAUCUUUGUUGGUCUUUUUCAUAGGUUGUGCUCGAUUCCAUUGUUAUCUGCAGUGUAGAUAUAGCUCCUUGCUUGUACAGCAAAACACUCUGGUAGUUUUUGGCAAUAGAAAGAGAGC